ACUGCGAUAGAGUAACAACGACGUUGCGAUAAGAGUGCGAUAAUAUAACAUUACAAUGGGUUAUAGCGUACUUCGUAAUAUAUUAAAGGAAACAAACCGCCGCAUAGAAUUGUUGGAUUUGCCUUAUGAAGAGGAAUUCCGCUGCCAACUGAAAUAUUUGGGGUUCAAGGAAAAGUAUAUUGUUAAGGAAGCAUUCUUCAGACAAGAGUGGAAUAUUGGUAGUACUCGCGUGUUACGACUUUUACAAGAAGCAAAUAUUUUAACUGCUAGUGAGUUCAUCUUAAGCUUGGAGUCAAUCGAUUUGACGCAACAAAUCAUGAACGAUCUACUGGAAGCCGAAUAUGUUCUUCUUGCUAACAUUAUACAAUUUGCAUAUCAAGAAACCCCACACUCGCAGCUGCUGACAAAAAUUCUCAAAGAGAGCUUUGGAACCCUAAUAGCAGAUUUGAAGGAGAAUCCUAACGCAAUUCCACGAAAUUAUCUGCUGGCAUUAAAAAAUCACUUAUCAAAAGAAAAAAUGAUCGCAUUGAAAAAUGAACACCUUCACAUGCUUGUAGUCGAACAAGAUCUUUUGGAACUUCAUGUUGCUAUUGGAAAACAGGAGCAGUGGAGGUGUGAAAUGGAAAUGUUGUCCAAAACAAUUGUAGGAGGCAUGAUUGUUGAGUUGAUUGAGGAUAAAAAUAGUAUUGUAAAUAUUUUUAAAGAAUUAAUCGGAAGUUGUAGUUCUUUUUCAGUAAGGUACAUUUUAUACAUACUAAAUCUAGUAUCGCGAACAAUUGGAAUGAACAAAAAGGAGAGUACUCCUUUAAAGGAGUUGAUGAAAGAUCUAUUUCGUAUGGUCGUGAAUACUGGACUUUUAAGCAAACUUCAAUUGAUGCUUCUGUUUGCAAGAGAAAUUUGUUCUUCAAAUGAAAGUAUUUUAGGGACUUAUUCUGAAUGGUACAAGCAAACAAUCGGAGAAAUGACCUAUAGUAUUAAAAAAGAGCAAUUUAUAAACAUGAUGGAAAUGUUGACCAGCACACUCUCAUCGGAAACCAGUUUGGAUAUUUUAGCUGUACAUUCCACCAUUGCAAUUUCCGCACCAGCAAAGUGCAAUGAUUAUGUCGUUAAUUAUAAGCAGCUAUGUCGUGCGCAUAUUUCCCAGCUAAAAUCGCCGGAUGUUACGAUAGUAGUAGAUGAUUGAAGCUAUUUUGUAGGCAUUAAAUAAAAUGUGUUUAUUGAAGUACCACACCCUUUACA